AUGCUGGCCCAAUGCGAAUUGGCAGACUUCACACACGCACAGAAUUAAGAAAAUUCUCUGCUAGGCAGGUUUCUUCACGAUGUUUUCCUUCACCGUUUGUUUCUUAAAAUGCACACAACUGAAAAUUUGGAGGUGCAUGCCCCGGACCGGAUUCGAACCCACACUCUCCGAAAUUAGAGGCAGAGAUCAUGUCCACUAAGCUAUCACGGCUCUCACAAAUCUCAAAAUACUAUUUACGAGACAGCUUGUAUAUAUGUAUGUAAUACCGUUUCAAAAUGUACUGACAUUUUAAAAAGUUGGACAUAUUAUAUUAGUUUGUGUAAUUAGAACUAGAUGGCAGCACCUUUUUUACCUGUGGUCUCUAUUACAAUAAACACAAUGUACUUAAGCUAUGGUCAUUGGUCUGUAUCAAAGAGUACGUAGUAUUAUCUAUUAAUCUGUGAUCUCUUUUGACGUUUGUGCGGUUUGUGCCUCCGUGGUCUUGUGUUUAUUGUGGGAUUGUUGUGAGAUUUAAUUUUAUUGUUUUCCAUUUUCCUGUUUAAAUAUUAUAUGGGUGUUUACUGUUUAGAUUGCAAAUUAUUGUCUAUAAAAUAGUAGAUAACUGAACAAAAUUUUACAACAAAAAUGUUAGAUAAAUUAAAAUGGCUGUCAAACUAGAUAGAUCCAAUUCGGGUGUAAAUCUCGGCGUCAAAAUAGCAGGAGACUUGGGGGACGUUACUGUAACCGACGUGAAUAGUGAUAGUGACGACAAUAUUUCGGAUAAACAAAAAGUCUCAAAGAUCCUUAGCAAUGUUAACGCCAUAUCGCCUAUACCUUCCGAUUUGAUACACAAUACUGUGCCAUCGUUUGGUAGAGUCGCUAUAUCAAACUCUGAGAAUGUUCAAUUUGGCAACAACACAUAUUUCAAUGGACCCGUGACUAUAAAACAGAUCAAAACAGGUGUAGACAAUUGUUCGUACAUUAGGACUGAUGAUGAGAAUACAGCCGCCCAUUCUACUAAUGGGAAAAAGCAGGAGAAUUUAGACAAGAAAGAACAAAUUUUAGUAUGGCACAAAAUCACAUUCUCUGCAGUAUGCAUAACUGUUAUAGGAAGUAUAAUAGCAAUUGUACUUGUGCUGCAAAAUAAGUAUGAACAACAACAGCCCACAAAUGGCUAUACACAGCCAGACUUCACCUCAUCAGACCCUACUGCCAAUACACCGGUGGUGGGAUUCUGUUCUGAGAGUUAUCAAGUCAUUAUCAUAUCAGUUAUCCUGUUGCCAUUAACAUUUAUGUUAAUUUCUUAUUCAUUACUAACAAAGGAAGCCAUCGGUACUAGACUGGUUAAUGAUAUAAGGAAGACUAUGGUUCAUGAAAAUUGCAUGGAUAAGUAUUGCAUGCAAUGCAACAACGAAGGGGAUCCCCUAUUAAUUGCCCCUGAUCAUUUGAGGAUAGUGUCGCGCACAGAUUGGUUGGCGCAACCAGUGGAAGGUGAACUGGAUAGGCUGCUUCAACCGGUUCCCUGGGUUAUCAUCACUCACACUGCCACCGAGAGCUGUCAUACCCAGAGCCAAUGUGUUCUACGGGUACGGCUGAUACAAUCGUUCCACGUCGAGUCGAGAGGCUGGUACGACAUCGGAUACAACUUCUUAGUAGGAGGUGACGGGUCAGUAUACUUCGGUCGUGGCUGGGACUAUGAGGGCGCACAUACUAAGGGAUACAACAAGUAUAGUAUCGGCAUAGCCUUCAUAGGUACCUUCAACAACGACUCACCGCCGAAACAGCAAAUUGAAGCGUGCGAAAAAAUUAUCAAACAGGGUGUAAAAUUAGGAAAACUAAGGAAGGACUAUAAACUUUUUGCUCAUAGACAAUUGAUGUCCACAUUGAGCCCUGGUGAUAAAGUUUUCGAUAUUAUUAAAGAGUGGCCGCACUUUGUGAGCAAUUUUAGUGAUGCUGACGCUUUAAUACCAAAUACCCCUAAAAGGAGUUCCCAUUGAACUUUGCAUUUAUUCCAAAAUGCGGAAUUACUAAAAUUCAAUAUACAGUGUAAACUCUAUAUAACGACACUAUAGGGAUUAUAAAUUUUGCAGCGUUAUAGAGAGUGGUCGUUAUAUGGACAGAAGAAAAAUGUAAGGGUAAGCUUUUUCGUCAGUACACAGUGAUUUUCUUUUAUUAGCCAUGUUUACUAUAUAGUUUGUGAACAACUAAGAAUAUGAUAACGUAUUAAGUCCAUGACUUCUACUUAUUAUUCAUGGUCAGCAACAGUGUACACAUGUAAUCCCAAUCCCAAUUUGUAAACAAAAGAACGAAUUUCUUGGAAUGUGUUUUUUUGUAUGUUGCCGACAGUCGAGUUUAUUGUGGGCUAGGAUAAUAAAGCGACAAAAGUAUUUUUUCUAAUUUUUUUUUAACUAAUUUUGGGAACUUAAAGAAUACUUUUUAUUACUUAAUUGUCGUUAUAGAUAGCGAGUACAACGUUAUAUAGAGUGUAUCAUUGUAUGGAAAGCAAGCUUAACCAAUCAAAGCCAUGAUUUUGACGCUUUAGCGAGUUUGACGUUAAAUCGAGUGACGUUACAUAGAGUUUUCACUGUAUAUAUAUACAUAUUUUCAAUUUGUUUGCAAUGAGUAUGACUCAUACUUUGACGUGACUAGUUAGUAUGUCAAAUAAUAGCAGUUAGUAGAAAUAUAUUUUGAAUCUUAAAUUCCAAGGAUAAAAUUUAAUCUCUUUAAAAUUAAAAAAAAAAAACAAGAUUAUUAUUAAUGUAUAACUAUACCUUUUCUAUUAAUCUCUUUAUCAAUAUGGGUAUCAAAAGGGCUGGAUUAGUGUAAUAGUACUACUAUAAAAUAUAAAAUCUAAUAAGAUUGCCAAAAAAAUUACGGAUUACUCGUACAUAUUAUUUUGUAUUGAGGAGUCAGAUUGUGACAAAUAGUCAGCAAAAUUCUAGUAAUAAUGUGGCUAUAAAGGAAGUAAAUAGGUAUUAUGAAAAAUAUUACGUCAUUAAGUAUCAUUUAAAGUUUUAUUUUUCAUGUCAUUACGUAAAAAUUAAAACUUUAAAAUGAAAUAAGUAACAAAAUAUUUCAAGUUUAACGGUUUUAUAAUUUAGAUUUUACAUAAUGUAAGUUUGAAAGUCAAAAUAAACAUUUUUGGCGGCUCCUAACCCUUAUUUACUUGUACAUCUCAUAACCGCCUAUCUUGAAAAUAUUUGUUUGCUUAUUUUUAAAGUCCGCAAAAUAUCACAAAGCAUUUAUAGUCAUUUUAAGUUUAUAACGUGUAAAUACAUUUGUAAAUGUACAAUAUACGUACGUAUUUGUAUACGUACAAGAAAUACAUGGAGCGAUUAUUUUUACCAGAAGCGGGGUAAGCUGGACUCGUAUUGGCCGUUGUCUAGGCUCUAGGUCUAGAAGUUCAUAAAGGAUAUUGUUCAAUAUUCGGAAUUUUUUCGUAUCAAAUUCUGGUCUUGCCCCGCCGCUGACUAAAUUGUAUAUAUUGUGUAAAGAAAUAUGCAAUGCGCUUAUACGCACAAACGAAUAGUAAUUGACAGAAUAACCUGAAAUGAUUAAAAAAAUUAAUAUCUAACUCAAAAUAUUUCCCUAAAGGUAUCUUAUCCUUUAAAAUAUAGAAAAAUAAUUCGUAUAAGUAAUUAUUGAUAGUGAUAAUAAAGUCAAAAAAUCAUGUAUUCAUUAAAAACACUCAUUUUGAAUCGUUAAUAAAUUUUGUUAUAAUUUAUACAACAUCGUACUAAAAAAUAACCUAGCUGAUAGUGUAUCAUUGUGACAAUAAUAUUUGAUAUUUAAAAACGUCAAGCAAAUAGUUCUUUAGGAACAAACUUUUAUGCGGCUUACACCAAAGGGAAAAUGACAUACAAAAUAUUGUCGACCAAUAUUGGCGAUAUCGAAAAUAUUGCUUACUCUUUCUUUUCGUCCCGAACGGAAGAGAGGUAUUUUCGGUGAUACUAGAUUACAUACUUACGUGAUUAACGUUUCAUAACAUUAUACCACUCGCGACGCGUGCUUAUAAUCACUUGACACUUCAAAUUUAUUUUAGGUUAAUUAAAAUGAACUAUAGUGAUUCGUUACUUGGAUACUUAGGAUACUUAGAAAUUUAGUUCAUUAUAUCGAAUAUAAAAAAAACAACUGAAGGGCAAGCUUCUUUUUAAAUAAAUAUUAAAUUGAGAAUUGAAAAUACAUUUGAUAUUUAAUUUAUGUCUGUAAAAGUCUCUUUUAAUCGGAUUUAAAUAAGGCCUUUUCAUUAAUUAGCCAAAGUAUUAAACAAACAUUUUUUCAUCAUCAUUUUAAAUAAGUGCCAAUAUAUGUAUUUAUUUAUGAAAAGCUGCUAAUUUAAUAUCACUUCCAUUUUAAUUUUUUUAAUAAAAUUAAAAUAAAGUUUAUAUAUUUCAAGUCGAAUAAUUAAAAAAAAAGUAUUGUCUUUUAUAAAACUUAAAACAUAGUUAAUAAACUGUUAGUUGAAAAUUAUUCGAACACCAUUGAAUAGCUAUUUAAUGACAACACACACACACAUUUCAUUAUUUGGAAAUAGGUUUCAAAACACUUUACAAUCGAUAUUCAAUUAUGACAUCAAAUCAAAUGACAUCAACUAUAUUGACAUCAAAUUAAGAAGUUAUGGUUGUUUAUGAUAAUACAUUAAGAUUUUUCACUUUUUAUGCAAUUUAUAUAUAUUUUGUACUGUUUUUUCAAAUCAGAUAUAUUGUUAAUAGUUUCGAGAUGGUUACUUUGUCAAUAAAAUGGGAUGGCGCAUGCGUGGUCUUCACUCGUGUCAAAUUGCUUGCGAUGCCAUAGGAGUUUCAUGGGUCAGAUCAAUAGCAUAUAUAUAGAGUAUUCUAUAACUAGAGCCUUGAUAGCCCAGUGGAUAUGACGUCUGUCUCCGAUUCCGGAGGGUGUGAGUUCGAAUCCGGUCUAGGGCAUGCACCUCCAACUUUUUAGUUAUGUUUGUAUAUUUAAAGAAAAUCACGGAUCGAACACUGAACCCUGUUUCAAGAAGUCGUUUAUAAAAAAUGUUUUUACUAUCGUUUGUGCGUAUCUUAUUUUUGUUUACUGUUUUAAUAUUCUAUGGAUGUUUUACUCGUAUAACUAUUGUAUAAUAUAUUACAAUUUAAUUGUUUACAUUCCUUCAAUAAACUUUUUUUUACGUACGAGGAUUAUGAACAUUUACAAUGUUACCAAAAUAUACAAGUUUUGAAAUUUAUUAGUUCUAUGUUGUAGAUUAAGAUUUAUAUUUUUAUAAAGUAUUUUGUAAAGAUUUAUAUAUAUUUACUGUUACAUAGUUAAGAAAUAGUAAUACAAGGGAACUUUGUAAAUGUAGUUAGUAAUAUAAUUUGAAAUUAAAAUCGACCAUAUAUUCCCAUAUGGUCGACGUCGACGCCAUCUUGUAUCGUGGCAUUUAAAAUCUUCUAUCUCUAUCUUUGUUAUAUGGUAAAAGGAAAGAGGUAUACUGUCCACGAAGUCCGUGCAUAAUUCAGUAUCUAGCAGUUGCCACGUGUUGCAGUUGCUAUAUGCAGUUUGAACUAAUCGGUAACGAUGGAUUAUUAGUACUAAGAGCAAGUGCUGUAGUUUAAUUAAACAAAUGCUUAGUGAAAGUUGACAAAAAUGGGGACAAAUAAACUGCACUGGUGAUAUCAGGUACUAAGUUUCUUAUAUAUAUAUAUCGGAGAAAACGCUAUUCUUUUAUGAUUUUUCUGGACAUCUUUGUCAUUAACCUAUCUCGGCUUGAUAAGGGUUACGUGCAAAUUUAAUCACAAUUUCACACAAGCCUUUAACUUAACAAUAUAACAACCAGAAAUUUUAAUAACAAUGUCGAUAAUUAAAAAAAAAAGUUGAUAAAUAAAUAAAUAAGAGAAAAAUUAACGACCAGCUAGCUGAUCUCACUACGAGGUUAUUUCAGAACUCAAAUCCAUAGGUACUAAUAUAAUAAAGUUGAAGAGUUUGUUUGUUUAAUUGAACGCGCUAAUCUCAGGAACUACUGGUCCUAUUUGAAAAAUUAUUUCAGUGUUAGAUAGUCCAUUUAUCGAGGUAGACUAUAGGCUAUAUAUUAUCUCCGUAUUCCUACGGGAACGGGAACCACGCGGGUGAAACCGCGCGGCGUCAGCUAGAAUUAUACAAGAUCAAUGCUCAAUUUAUAGAGCUAGUCAACGAGAGGAAAAACAGAAUAGUAAAACAAAAUAAAAAACAAUAUAAAAUUCUACUUUUAAAGAAUUUUGAUAAUUUCUUUAAUCAAAUGUAGCUCUUUUCAAAAACCUGCUAUCCACUCUUUUGAACAACCUUAUUAACAAUGUUUGGUUUUGCUUUUAUACAACCAACUCAGUACUUCCUCCGACAUAUAUAUUAAUAGUAUUAGAAUAAAUUUAAUUAAUCAUAUAUAGCCCGUCAACCCACACUAGAGCAGUAUGCUCCCUAUAAGGAAGGAGGAGGAGGUAGGUUAGCAUUUUCCUAGCCCUUCAGUCAUGCGCAAAAUAUAUUUCUUUUAAGCAAUUUCAUCUCUAAUUCAGAGAUAUAAUCCGACAUAUAAUUAGGUCAUAAUUAUUUAUAGAUUUUAACAAAUUAUACACCUCUGAAAAAUACUCCGUGACCGUUGAGUCGAUAUUUAAAACGGGUGCUAAAUAUGUAACUACCACCGGACUUCCGUUUACGCGUGGAAUCUGUUUUCAUUUUUUUGAUAAAAUCCUUACAUAAUUUAUAAGUUAAGCAAGUUGUUGCUUCAUACCAAGCGUAAUGUUUGUGUGUAGAAUUGCUCAAUAAUCCUUUAAUAUUGGAAUUAGGUGGCAAGUCGAUUCCCUUUCUACGAUCGCAAACGCUUCGAAAACUAUAAAAAUGUAUUAGAAUGACAGAUCUUGAUCACGGGACCUGACGAUAGCAAAUGUCAUUCAUAUGAAUGGCAUUUGCUAUCGUCAGGUCGUAAUUGUUUUCGAAGCGUUAGCGUUUGUAGAAUCGAAAUCGACGUGCCACUUAGCUAGGAGGGCAGGGCCUCUGGGUACGUGGCACGUCGAUUCUCUUUCUACAAACGCUAACGCUUCGAAAACAAUUCGUUGCAAUGGAACGAGAGAGAGAUUAAUAUUUAGACAAAAUUAUAUCGUUAUCUUAGAAAGGGAUAUUUAUGCUAUCGCUUUCGUUGAAGUAAGGCUUAAAAUUUUUUAAAGAAUAACAUGAUAAAAUGUUCCAUCAUAUACUGCGUCUUACGGAAAAUAAUACGAAUUUCAGAUCAUCACUAUUAAAAAUUUAUCAUGUGCUUAAUGAAAGUGGAAAGGCAGUAAUUUGUGAUGUACCAGAUGACCAAAGAUUGAUUUGAUUUGCCUUAUCACUAUUAAUAAAUAGGGGUUGAUGUUAGACGGGUCAAAAUUUAGUUUGAUUGACAUUGACAUUGACAACAACAGCGUUGACAAAGACAACUGACAAUCAGUGAAAUACGCAUGAAAGAGGAUACAUAAAUCACUGCGAUCGGUGUGAAAAUAAUGAAAUCACUUUAUUUUCCCUGUUAACCCAAUAUAUAGGCUUAGAUUUUAAUGGAGCAAUCUAGUAAAAUAUCUAUACAAGAUUUUUAGUACAUUUUUCAUUUCUGUAUCAUUCUGAAUUUGGCCCAAUUUCGGACAUCUUCUUUGUUAAAAAAAAAAAUGUGGGUUGCCCUUAUAUGAAUUCUCAGACCUACCCAAUAUGUACACAUAUAAUCCAGCAGUUUCGGAGGAGUUUGCUAACAAACAAACAAACGCCUUACAUGAUAAUUUUAUAUAUUAAAUGUAUAUUAUAUACAAAAACGUGAGUGCCUUAAAUAAAAGAAGUUUUGUAAAAAUGUUUAAAAUAGAUAAAAGAUGUAUCAAAUCUGUAUGUUAACUAAAGGAUUAUUAGAAUACGAACAAAACAUAAUAUACAAUAUACAUCCUACAUACGAGCAUGAUGUAAAUAUGUAUAUAUUUUUUUAAACAAAUUGUUUAGAUUUGUACUUACGCUUGUGUAUAUUGUCUUCGUAAAAUGCCAUUAGAAAGGUAGUAGUACUACAGAAUAUUUGUAUUAAAAUAUAUAAUCAUAGAAUACGUUCUUUCCCUUUAAAACAGGUGCUACGUAAUUUUGUAAAUAUAGUUUGAUAAAAACUUGAAAACCUUUAAAGUAUGCAGUUAUUUUAUAAAUACAUAUUUUAUUUUAAUAUAUAUAUUUUUUCAUUUAUAUAAUUGUUGUAUUUUUAUAAAAAAAUUAUAAAAAUAUUUUAUUUUUAAAGAAUUUUACAAAUGUAACUUUUUAAAUUAAACUGUAAAGUGUUAAACUAUGUUGACGUAUAAAAUAAAAAGUUGCCAAAAUAAGAAA